AUGUCAACAUUGAAACACUACCUCGAAAACUACUUUGACCAACUACCAAACAAGGAGAGCUCGUCAUUGGAUAAUUGUGCGAGCAAGCUAGAGCGUUUGAUCGAGACACCAUUGUUGUAUUUCAAAGAUGGAUACUUGGAAUCUUUGCGAGAGAGGACCACUGCAUUGAGAAUGUUCCCGAUGCUGGCUGCUCAAAUCAACGCGCUCAUCGACUCGUUAGAAUUCAACGAUGAUACUGACUUCUACGCGCUGACGAACACCUUCGAGGAGCAACUUAAAGAUAUGUGCAGAGUCGAGGUCCAGAAAGAACAGUUGAGUUACCUUGAAGACACGAUGAAGGGACGCAACGGCACAGUACCACCAUGGGAGAACAACCAACAGCAAUAG